AUGCAACGCACACCAGUUAUACAACCGACUACAACAGUCGAUAAACUUAUUCAAGAUGAAGAUAAUGCUAAUGAAACAGUUAUAUGGAAUGUUUUUCGUAAAAUGCUUUUCUUUACUGUUAUGAUGACAUUGGCACCAAUUACAUCGUUUUUUCUUACGAAAGAUUAUAUAUUUGCAGGAAUACUUAAUAUAACAGAUACUAGUAGUUAUAUUUAUUCAGCUGCUGUAGCUGUUAUUGUCGUUCAUAUUAUAUUAAUUGCUUUUCUUUAUGUCGCAUUUCGUGAUGAUCGAUCAGGCAAGAAGACAAAAAUUGAACUUAUGAAAGAAUCAACUGGAAAGAAAGACUAA